AGGGCAAAAUGGUAUAAAACGCAGUGGAGUGUGAUAACGGCAAAAUGCUAGCAGCUGUACUGUCACCAUCAUCACCUACUAGAGUUUUCGCCUCAGCUACUCUCCGAAAACCUCCCGCCACCUUCUCUCGUCUGUGGCCUUUUUCUUCUUCUCUCUGUGCUUCUCGCUUUCAAGUUCGUGCAAUGGCUGACUCCGCCUCUGCCCCCUUCAAGAAAAUCCAAAUCCAGAGAGACGAUACUACUUUUGAUGCAUACGUGGUGGGCAAAGAAGAUGCUCCUGGGAUCGUUGUGCUGCAGGAGUGGUGGGGUGUGGAUUUUGAGAUCAAGAACCACGCUGUGAAAAUAUCCCAACUGGAGCCUGGAUUUAAGGCUCUUAUCCCUGAUUUGUAUCGAGGAAAGGUAGGCUUGGAUGUUGCUGAAGCUCAGCAUUUGAUGGAAGGUCUUGACUGGCAAGGUGCUGUUAAGGAUAUCCGUGCUUCAGUUAAUUGGCUCAAGGCUAAUGGUUCAAAGAAGGUAGGAGUUACUGGAUUUUGCAUGGGUGGUGCUCUUUCAGUUGCAACCUCUGUUUUGGUCCCAGAGGUUGAUGCUGUUGUCGCAUUUUAUGGCGUUCCUUCAUCAGAGCUUGCAGACCCUGCCCAGGCUAAGGCACCUGUUCAGGCCCACUUUGGAGAGCUUGAUAACUUUGUUGGUUUUUCAGAUGUUACAGCUGCUAAGGCUUUAGAGGAAAAGCUGAAAGCAUCAGGAAUGCCUUAUGAGGUGCACAUUUAUCCAGGCAAUGCACAUGCUUUCAUGAACAGGUCGGAAGAAGGCAUUAAGAGGAGGAAGGGCAUGGGAAUUCCUGAUGAGGAUGAAGCAGCAGUUGAGCUGGCGUGGUCUCGCUUCAAAACCUGGAUGACUCGCUACUUAUCUGCAUAAACGACUGGUUUGUGUGAAUAUUAAAUAUCUCUGUCUACUGGCUUUCGCUGUUAUCUAUGUUCGAAGGUACAGAGUAUUUUGCUAUGUUUGCAUGCAACCUUGAGGACUUGUGAUGUUUUCCUAAAAGCUUGAGGACUUGAAUUUCCCUAAAAUGAGUUAAUUUGCAUGUGAUACCUAUGUCUGGACAUGGCUAUCUUAUCUUGUUUUAUUCAUGUGGGUUUCCCGGGACUUGCUUGAUGUGGAUUUCAUGUGAGUUUCUGUGCAUUUCUUAGAGCCUGUUUGGCAUUGAGUUUGCUAUUAAAUAAAUUUUAAUCUACUAUUCAAUAAAAAUCUAUUUUUUAUUAUUUAA